UAAACAAAAUUUAAAAAUAUUUAUGAGAUAUAAUUUUUUUUAAGGAUUAAAAUAAGAAACGAGAAAAUAUUUAUGAAUCAUAAAGGUGAUGUGUGAUUGUAAAGACCAAAACGCAAAUAAAAAUAUGAAACUUCAAAUUUAAAGUUUUGAGUAGUGAAACUUCAAAUAUAGAGUUUCACUCCUCAAAACUUCAAAUUUGAAAGUUUUGAAGUUUUUUUUUUUAGAGCAAAAAAUUUCAUAUUUGAAAUUAUAAAGUGUCUUUUGGAGAUGCUCUUAGUCGCGUGACUGACAGUGUUUAACUUUGUGAGAAUCGCUCACAGAAAAAAUAGUCAAACGAAAUUGUUUACAAACUAUUUAUAAUACAAUAAAUAGGAUAGUGAAAUGUGUGAAUGUUAAAGAAUAAUAUGUAAAUAUAUAAGCAUACUACAUACAAUGGCUUUUGAUAUAAUAAGACGAUUUCAAUAAGCUCCAGCCUCUAGUCCAAGCUGCAUGAGAGACACAUGUUCAUGUGCAUGCUUCUACAUUUAGUCAACUUUCAUGUUUCUUUCGAUACACAUGCAUUUGUAGUUGUUAAAUCAGUCCAACAAUUCCCAAAUGGAUAAUUGUGUUUUCUUUGUGUAUAUGUAUAUAUAUGUGGUUUAGUUUUCCCUGAAAAUCACAGCAAUGUACAAUGGGCAGAUACAUGCUUCGUAAAAUAUAAACUUGUUUUUAUAAUAAAUCAAAAAAGUUCUUUAAGUUGUGUUAAAAAGAGAGGACGUAAACACAUGGGUUCUUCGACAGUCACCACUUUAGCCCUAAUCCUAAUCAUGAUCUUCCACCUCACGCCAGAAACAACUGCAGCUCGCCAUCUCAACGAUCAGAUGAAGCCGAUCGAUGUAAUGAAAUACCUGUUUUCACAGGGCUUUCCCUUUGACCGUGUUCCUCCACCACCGUCACUUUUUUCCUCCGUUACCGUUUGUACCUUCUCCAAUCCCUGGAUACGCUCCAAGUUUACCGUCACCGUCACCUUCGUCACCUCCGGCGUCUCUUCCCGGUUUCCCUGGCUUUAGGUUUUCUCCCCCGCUGAUCCUCACGCCGCCACCGUCGUGAUUUUAUAGGUUAGCGCCGUUAUUAUAUAUGACAAUUAUCCGUUGGAAAAACGAUUGAUCAUGUGGACUCGAUGAUAUAAGACAUGCUUAUUUCACGAAAGUUUAAUAAAGAUAUAUAUAUGUCGUGUAAGUGUAACAAAUUGUCGAUCUAAUUAUUAAAUAAAGACUUCUGUUUAAGUUUUUUGCACCGGGAAUCUUUCUCUCAAUCUCACAUUCUCAUGAAGUUUACGAGUGCGAGUGAACUCAAAUCGUAUAUCGAAGUAAUUAAAAGUGAUCAUAUACAUUGUAUAUGUGAUGUUACAAAAAAAUACAUUUGAUAUAUGUAUGGCUCAAGUUGGAAGUUUUGUUUUUUACAGUUUCAUAGUCUAAUUAAUAAGACUAAAUAUGGUUGAUCCAAACUUUGUAACAAAAAAUAGUUUAAUACGUCUAAAUAGUAAAGUAAAAUUAUAAUGUUUUGAAAAUUGUCUCCCUCCUACUUUUCAGCAAUUCUUGCUUCUAUUCUCAUAGUCGACAUCAUGAAAGCUAGCUAGGAGUGUUGAUUCCUUUUUAAAUCAAAAUUAUUUAAACAUAAAGAUGUAAAUCUAUCAAAAUUAUCUCUCUUAAUAGACUUAUAGAUGAUUCCACUACGGAAACUGAACUAUCUUUACCAAAACGUAUGCAGAAGUGUGUAUCUUAUUCAUCAACCAAAGUAAGGUAUAUAUACAACACAAAUAGCAUAAGCUAACUAGGAAUAUGAAACUAGAUUAGUCUAAAUCAUAAUCCUCUCAAUAAUAACUCUUAACUUCAUUGUAUAGUAAUCAUGUAUUGGUUGUAAAUUGUCUAUUUCAAUGAUAACAGUGCAACUUUUGACUUAAACGUUAAAUAGAAAAUGACAUUAAAAUGUUAAACGUGUAUGACAUAUAUUAGUUUGUAUAUUUCCUUGUUAAACAAAGAAGUAUUAUGUUUUUGGGUCUAGCAAUGUAUGCAAAAAAAAAAAAGAACAACAUAGAAACAAAACAAACAAUAGGUCAGUUCUUUGGAAGUCAUAUGGUAUUAUAUGUCAUUGUUUAGGAAAACUUUCCCAACAUUUUGAUUGGCUAAUAAAAUUGUGUGUUUAAGAACAAAAAACCAAAAUCCAUGGUAUUUUCCUUUGGCGUUGUUGCUGUGAACUCAGGGAGAAAUAUCCGAUACUUGAGCAUCCAAUGAUCCAACAAAACCUGUUCUUAUUUAAUUCUCAAAAUCGUUUUCUAUUACCUAUUUGGGUCUUCUUGAUUUUUUUUUAUUCACAUAUUAUCAUGCAGCUCCUUCUUUAGACGGCAUGUAUUAAACCCCUUACAUGUUAGGCGCCAGUACUUCUCCACGCCGCCAUAGACGUGCUUCCCAAUUCUUCCCCGUAUAUAUAUAUAUAUAUAUAUUCAAUGAAUUUUAAAUUUCUAACCCAACCCUAAGAAUCUCACCUUUUAAAUUUCGUUCACCAUCUUUAGCAUAUUAAUACCUUAGCAAGAUUUCUAAGUUUGUUAUGUCUCCUCCAGCGUUUUUUGUGUUUGAAGAUGAUUUAAACAGUAAAUGGAGCAAUGAAGAGUUGCAGCGUCUCGGUGUUUUUGCCAGAGAAAACUCUAACCCUAAUUUCAAUAUCUUGGUGAAGAAUGCGGCUCUGCAGAACCAGCAUACCGUUUCCUCAGUUCUCUCCCGCCCAUCUGUGAAAGAAGAAAGCUUCAGAAUGGUCUUACCUCUGGUGAUGUCUCCACCGAGAGAUAAAGCCGUGCCACUUCCUGUUCUUCCCGAGCCGAUGAUGAAACCACAGAAGAAGCUUGGCCGCCAAGAAACCAUGUUUGCUGUAGGAAAAUCUCGGUAUCAUGAGAAAAACCUAAAUCAUGAAGAAGAAUCUUUCAAUUGCAGUGCCUUCUGUUUAUCCCUCCUUGGUUUUGGGAAGAAAAAAACGGCGAGGUCACCGAAAAGCAAGGAUUCAUCUAUAAAGAAGAAAAUGAUCAAAGGGUCAUCGUUUUCAAACUCCAUUGUCUCCCUAGGUGCCUCAUUCGAGAAAUUUGAAUAUGGCUCAUGGGUUUCAGCAACUGCUCUGGCCCGAGAAAACGACCGAUUGUACUUCGACCUGCCGUUGGAGAUGAUCCAAUGUGGCCGUGCAGGCGGUGGAAAUGUGCAAGAACCGGUGAGUUCCGGUUUAUUGUUAGACAAGGAAACAGAAAGUUUAGCUUUGAAAAGUGUUCUGAAGACUUCUCUGUCCGGAAGGGAAGAAAGAAGUUUGGCUGAGACGUCUUCGCAACGCCUUGUCAGAUUCUCGAACAUGACCUCGGUUUCAUGCCCGAAUUCACCUCGAUCGAGUAUCACCUCCACGCUUGCUUAAAUGUUAAAGCUAGAGAUGACUUCGAUACGUUCUUUGCAGCACAGAAAGCGUGGAAAACUUAAGAAAACGUAGCACUAUAAAAAGAUUUUACAAUAACAUAUAUGUUCGUAUCUAAAAAAAACGGUAUGUAUAUAACAACAAAGGAGAGCGAAUAUCUGCUUUCUAUAAAAAUUUGAAUCUCUACGUAUUCAGAUUGAUGAAGGAUUAUGUUUAUGGUCAGCCGACAUGUUUCACCUUUGAUCGAACAUUAAGCUUUUUUGGCACAAUUCUUCUGUUUGGUACUAGUUCUCUGUCAUUGUUUAUAGAGAAUACCAUAAAUAACAAUAAAAUAGGUUUUUGUUCAAAAAAAAAAAAAAUAA